CCCAUUGGCCACCACUAAAACCCCGCCCACACCCACUUUUCUUCUUUGUGUUGACUCCAUCUUCUUCAAACUUUGCGCACAUCUCUACUCUCUUGUCUUUUCUAUCCGAAAAAAAAAAAAAUGUCUUCUCUCUGUUCAAACUCUGCAACUUCUCUUAGCUCUACUGUCUCCUUCCAAUCCAAAAAUCCUCUUCUUCACACCAUCUAUAACUUCUUUCCUUCAAUCAAAACACACUCUUAUUUCCCAUAUACAGUUAUCCGGUGCUCAAUUCAAAAGCGACCUGAAUAUAUACCGAGUAAAAUCGCCGACCAUAAAUACGUACGCAUUUUCGACACGACUCUCCGCGAUGGAGAGCAAUCCCCGGGCGCUACGAUGACUACGAAAGAAAAAUUAGAUGUUGCCCGUCAAUUAGCGAAACUCGGAGUUGACAUAAUCGAAGCUGGGUUUCCAGCUUCAUCUGAAGCUGAUUUUGAAGCUGUGAGAUUAAUAGCAGAGGAAAUUGGAAAUAAUUAUAGUGACGGUGAUUAUGUGCCGGUGAUUUGUGGAUUAGCGAGGUGUAAUAAGAGGGAUAUUGAUAAAGCGUGGGAAGCUGUGAAGUGUGCGAAGAAACCUAGGGUUCAUACGUUUAUAGCGACGAGUGAGAUACAUAUGAAGUAUAAGUUGAAGAUGAGUAAAGAAGAAGUAGUGGAGAAAGCGCGGAGUAUGGUUGCUUAUGCGAGGAGCUUGGGGUGUGAGGAUGUUGAAUUUAGCCCUGAAGAUGCCGGAAGGUCCGAGCGUGAGUUCCUUUAUCAUAUCCUUGGAGAAGUUAUUAAAGCUGGUGCAACAACCCUUAACAUACCUGAUACUGUUGGAUACACUGUGCCCACUGAAUUUGGACAAUUAAUUGCUGACAUAAAAGCCAAUACCCCAGGAAUUGAAAAUGUGAUCAUUUCAACCCACUGCCAGAAUGAUCUUGGACUUUCUACUGCCAACACUUUAGCUGGAGCUUGUGCAGGGGCAAGACAAGUAGAAGUGACCAUCAAUGGCAUUGGUGAAAGAGCUGGAAAUGCUUCUCUGGAGGAGGUUGUAAUGGCCUUAAAAUGUCGCGGAGAGCAAGUAUUAGGUGGCCUCUACACGGGGAUUAAUACUCAACACAUUGUCCCGACGAGCAAAAUGGUGGAGGAGUACACUGGGCUUCAAGUGCAGCCACAUAAGGCCAUUGUUGGAGCUAAUGCAUUUGCUCAUGAAAGUGGCAUCCAUCAGGAUGGAAUGUUAAAACACAAAGACACCUAUGAGAUUAUAUCUCCUGAAGAUAUUGGGCUUAAUCGUGCUAAUGAAGCCGGUAUUGUCCUUGGGAAACUCAGUGGGCGCCAUGCAUUGAAAUCCAAAAUGCUUGAGCUUGGAUAUGACAUUGAGGGAAAAGAACUAGAGGACCUCUUCUGGCGAUUUAAGUCCGUGGCUGAGAAGAAAAAGAAAGUUACAGAUGAUGACAUAAUAGCACUGAUGUCAGAUGAAGUUUUCCAGCCUCAAGUUGUUUGGCAACUUGCAGAUGUACAGAUUACCUGUGGAAGUCUUGGCCUCUCUACAGCAACUGUUAAGCUUAUUGACAGUGAUGGUCAAGAUCAUGUUGCUUGUUCUGUUGGAACCGGACCAGUUGAUGCAGCGUAUAAGGCAGUUGACCUCAUUGUAAAGGUACCUAUAACACUCCUCGAGUAUUCCAUGAAUGCAGUCACAGAAGGUAUAGAUGCCAUAGCCUCAACCAGAGUGUUAAUCCGCGGGGAGGAUGACCAUGCUAUAACCAAUAGUUCAAUUGGACCGACUCUUCACCGUACAUUUAGUGGAACUGGAGCUGAUAUGGACGUUGUUAUAUCUAGUGUCCGAGCCUAUAUUGGUGCAUUGAACAAAAUGUUGAGUUUCGGGAAGCUGGUUUCGAGAUACAACAAGCCUGAAGGUAGUGUGGUAGUAUAAAUGAUGGUGUGUGAUCAAGGAAUAAACUCCUGCCUCCAUCUCUUGCAAAUUUAUGUUCCAAUUUCUUGUAUCAUUUCUCUUAUCAAUUGUAUAGGAGUAGGGAACUUAUCCAGCAUUCUAGGACUGCCUGUAAGAACUGGCGAUGGUAAACGGCAAAUGUGAGUCAUCGUGCAUUUUCAAUUACUCCUGUAUUCUCUCCAUUCUUCUGCAGGUUGAUGUACAGCUUGUUGUUUAUGCUGGAACAAAGCUUAAAUAUUUCUUAAUGUAUGAAAACCAUUUGAUCUUUGUGUUGUACCAAUUAAACAGACACAUUAAUGAUAUAAGAUGUGGUUUAGCUUUAUGCUUA